CUAUUUCUCUGAGCGAAUUGAGUUUAGAUUUUGAAUGCGUGGCGUUAACUCCAGCCGAAACGGGUGGGUCUGAACGCUACUAACCCACUGGUACGAAGUCCAAGUUCAACUUUGAAGACUGAAGAGUGUGAGUGUCCGUCCCUUGGAUCAAACGUUUGCCUAGAAAUCUCGGUUGGGAAGAAGCAUAGUCAUCGUUCGCCGCUUCGGCGUGCGCUUACCGAGGAGGACUGAUCCAUCGACCUUCUUGGUAACCUUGAAUUGGUUUCAACUUAAUUGCUUAGAUUCGUCCCUCCCUCACAGAAAGGGCGGCUCCCCACAAAAGGUUUCAGUCCCGGAGGGGCGAGCAAGGCGGGCCUUUGGAUUUGGGGUGCAUGAUGAAGUUGCUGGAGGAAGUGUUGGGCCGUGACGGAUUGCGGGGCGGUGGUUCUGCUGGUGGUAGUGGUCGAACGAUCCUCAUCAAAGACUGUGUUGAAACGAGCGGCAGAUUCCUUCUUCAUCACCUGAUCAGGACCAUUCUCAUGCCCAAAUCCCCCUCUCCUCCUUCAGGACCUCUGUUCUUCCUCUCUCUGUCAGAACCCUUCUCUCACUACGAUCGCAUCCUAAGGAAGCUUGGCUGCAACUUGGUGUCACAGAGAGAUUCUAACAAAUUCAUGUUCUUUGACAUGCUUCGACUGGAGUCUGUGGAUAAGGAUGAAGGCAAGGAUGGCAGAUUGAUCGACUUGUAUGGAGUAAUUCACAAUGCCGUGAAGACAAGCAUUUAUUCUCAAUGCAAUCAGGGGCAUUUCACAAUUAUAGUUGAUGACAUAAGUCUCCUCGAGAUUGUUGCCCAUGGAGAUUCAGACUCUGUUUUGGAUUUUCUGCACUACUGUCAAACCUUAACUUCUGAAGAGGGGUGCUUGCUGAUUCUCUUGGGCCACCAAGACAUCUACGCGAAUAUGGAGUACGAUAGAUUCCUGUCACAAGUCGAGCACAAUUCAGAUGUUGUAAUAAACGUCGAGCCACUAGCCCUAGGCUUGGCCACGGAUGUGCAUGGGCAGCUGACAGUUGAAAGAAAAGGGAUUGUUGAUCAACAAGGGCAGGUUGGUCUCAAGCACCAUAACUUCCAUUUCAGAAUUAAGGAAAACUGUGCUGAAUACUUUCGUCCUGGAAGUCAGAUAUCAAUGAACCUGUAAAAUCAGUUAUUGUCCAUAUAGCAGCUCUUUUCUAGAUUGUGAAAGCAAUGGUCUUUGAACUUAUGUGAAGCUGUAACAGCUUGUUUCUUAUAACCGUUAAGUCUGCAAGCAUGAAUUAGCAGGGAGCUGGUUUGCCUCUGUUUCAGCGGUUAGCUGCGGCAAGCACUGGACGUAAACAAGAGUACAAUUUUAAUUUUAACCAAUUUUGGCAGAUAGAAUGUACACUCUAGAUGUAGGUGCCCUUCAAGACACUGGCUGUGACAAGAAAAAUGCUAAAAGUGAAUCAUUUUAAGAAGUAAAUGAUUUAUAUACUCUGCUGAAAAAGUUCUUGUAGACUAUCUUGAUGAACUGUAAGCACAUGGUUUUCUAGUGUAGAAUUUGUUUAUUUAUUUUCUUGUAGUACUUGGCACCCAAAUUGUCCAUUUAUUUCUAGUGUAGAAUUUCAAAAUGUUACCUGA